AUGGUGGUGCUAAAUGCUGUCCAUCAAAAAGGAUCUGCUCUUGAAUUUGCAUCCGAUGAUUUGAAGAAUGACAAAGAGAUUGUCUUGACAGCUGUAAGAAACGAUGGCCUUGCUCUUCGAUUUGCAUCCAAUGAUCUUAAAAACGAUAAUGACGUAGUAUUGAAAGCUGUCACACAAAAUGGAAAAUCCCUUGAAUUUGCAUCACUCGACAUGCAAAACAACAGACAAGUAGUAUUGAGUGCCAUAAAACAAGAUGGUUUAUCUCUUGAGUAUGCGGGUGAAUUGAUGAAUUGUCAACCAGAUAUUGUAUUUGAAGCAAUUCAAUACAAUCCUUUGGCCGUAAAAUACGCUUCACUUGAUCUAUUAUGUGACGAACAAUUUGUGUUAGAGGCUGCCAAGCUUGGAUGUCAAGACAUUUUGAAAAACAUUUAUGAAGUAAUUGACAUGGAAUUUGUGUUACAAAUGCUCCAACACAAUAGUCUUUCCAUCGUUUCACUAUUUCGAUUUCGUGCUUUCAGAUCUGACAAGGAAAUUAUGUUGAAAGCAGUGAAGAAUAAUGGAUUUGCAUUAUUUUACGCAGCGAGUGAAGAAUUGCAGAAGGAUGAAGAACUUGUUUGGGAAGCACUCAAAUGCAAUGGUUAUGUGUUGGAGUAUAGUGAUGAAUUGUUACAAAAAAGGAUGGAAAUGUGUUAUCAUGAUACUUAUUUUGGUAAAUAA